AUGACGAUAGUUCUUGACGUGAUCACCUGUCUGUACGACAUUGUUUCGGACAUUUGGAAAAGUAAGGAUAAGUGGCUAAAUAUUUCGGAAGAUUCUCUAUCUCUCACAAGAGAACGAAAUGCUAAACAUGCCAAAUUAGAGGAAGCACUUUAUCUUUGGAUGAUAGAAAUGAACACAAAAAAUGCUUCAGUAAAUGACCAAAUGUUAACUGAGAAAGGCAUGGAAUUGGACUCAAAAUUAGGAAUCAAUGAUUUUGGUUAUUCUCGCGGUUGGCUUUACCGCUUCAAAUCUCGUCAUCAAAUUAAGAAACAAAAUUAUCAGGGGGAAGCUGCCAGUGCUGAUAAGAAUGAAGUAGUUAAAGGUAGAGAAGAAUUGAAAUCAGUCUUGAAAAAUUACGAGGAAGACGACAUCUUUAAUCUUGACGAGACCGGCUUGUUUUAUAAGCUGGGACCCAAUCACACACUUGCCUCUAAGAAAACACCUGGUGUGAAGAAGUCGAAAGAAAGAGUGACAGUUGCAUUAUGCUGCAAUGCAACAGGUACCAUCAAAGUGAAACCCUUCAUGAUAGGGAAAUUUCGACGACCACGCUGUUUUGGGAAAGACUUCAAUCCAGAAAUCUAUGCUCGGUACCGUUUCAACAAGAAGGCGUGGAUGACCUCUGACAUGUUCAGUGAUUGGCUGAGAACUUUUGAUAGACAGUGUAGGUCACGUGGCCGUUGCGUGAUACUUCUCGUGGACAAUGCAGCCAGCCACAAUUGCAAACAUGUGAAGUUGACAAAUGUCAAAGUUCACUUUCUUCCUCCCAACACUACAUCCCGGAUUCAACCACUUGAUGCUGGUAUUAUUCGGACAUUGAAAGCUUAUUACAAGAGAUCAUUAGUGAGACAUUUCAUCGCAUGUGCUGAAGACGACAAACCCCAGUGUAUAAACUUAAGAGAAGCCUUGCGAUUCGUGAAAUCUGCAUGGGCAGAUGUUUCCUGUCAGACGAUCAAGAACUGUUUCAAGCAUGUCGAAAUUCUGCCAAGGCAAGAAUCCCAGAUUGGUGAAACUGAUGAUCUCGAAGAUGAUAUCGUGCUUGCCGACUUGAAAAAGCUACUUCAACGCCUCCCGUCUGAUGAUGAAAACAUGUCGCCUGAUGAUUUCAUCGAUGCCGAUGCCAACGAAGAAACUUGUGAUUCGCUGACUUCAGAGAACAUCAUAGAGAUGGUGACAGCUGCAGAUGAUCAGAUUGAAAGUGAAGAAGAAGAAGCAGAAGACACUGUCACCCUUCCGUCUUUAACAGACAUGAGACUGUACCUCGGUAACAUCAUUACGUACUACGAGUGCCAGGGUGACAUCGAAAAUGCAGAUAAAGCAAUGGACAUGCUCAAUUCUUUAAAACAACCUUUGACGCAGCCCACCAUUAAAGACUACUUUUGUAAGUAA